UGCGCGGCGGUACCGAGCCCAGGCGGGCGGCGCCAGCAACAAACAUGGCCGCCGUCUCGCUUCCUCACGUCCGCCUGCCAGCAUUGGGGCGAAAGGGGGGAGUCUGACUUCCGGCGGUGACCAGGAAGUGCGGGGGAGGGGCUCCCCUGACAACCGUGCGGGGAAGAUGGCGGCCGGGAUGUACCUGGAGCAUUACCUGGACAGCAUCGAGAACCUCCCCUUUGAACUCCAGAGGAAUUUCCAGCUCAUGAGGGAUCUGGACCAGAGGACGGAAGAUCUGAAGGUGGAGAUCGAUAAGCUGGCGGGCGAGUACGUCUCCAACGCCCGCACGCUGGGCUCUGAGCAGAAGCUGCAGCUGGUCCGCCAGAUCCAGAGUGCCUACAGCAAGUGCAAGGAGUUCGGCGACGACAAGGUCCAGCUGGCCAUGCAGACCUACGAGAUGGUGGACAAGCACAUCCGCCGGCUGGACACAGACCUGGCCCGCUUCGAGGCCGACCUCAAGGAGAAGCAGAUCGAAUCCAGCGACUGCGACAGCUGUUCCAGCAAGGGCAAGAAAAAAGGCCGCAUUCAAAAGGAGAAAAAGACGGCUCGUACCAGGUCAAAGGUCAAAACCUCGGACGACGACAUCCCCAAGAACGUGCAGAAAAAGAUGAAAACGUCUCACACGUGAGGAGUGAAUCCCUCC